UGGAUCAGUGCCAUUAUCAUUCUCAGUAUCGGUUCAAUUAUCCCCUAUGCCCAUAUUAUUAUAGGUAAGUAGAAGUUACGUUCAAAUAAAAUACACUUUGUGCAAAUAAUGACAAUAAUGAAAAACAAAUAGUGAAUGCAUCUCCAACGUGGAAAAAAUAUAUAAUAUGCCUUGUCCUUUAUUCCUCCAGCAUUGAUCUCUCUCAUCAUCCGCUGUAUUGUUACUAUUAUUGUUGCAGUUAUCCCCUUGGCCCACUUUGUCAUAGGUAAGUAGUAGUAAAGAAAUAACACUUAGCAAAAACAUUAUUGCAUAUUCAUUAUGCAAAAGCUACCGUUCUAAAAUUCCUUUACCUCUCUAUCUUUAGGUGCUGAGUGCUUCAAUGACUGCCCUGUAAUGUUCUUCAUCCCUAUCUACCUGAUAGGGUUGGGAUGUUUUUAUGUAGUCCUGAUGUUACUGUCUACGUUUAUGGCCAUCAAAGACUGCCAAGAGUUCUGCUCAUCGGUCGUAAGGAUCAGUCUGGUCAUUCUAAUGUUCUGGCUCUUUGCUGGUGAGCGAGAUUCCCAAUCCAGACAUACGUGGCACUGUUUGAACUUGUUUUGAAAAUGCAUUCUUUCUCCCUUCCUUCAAGGAACAAUCAUGGCACUCCCUUACCUGUGUCUUGUAUAUAAAUAAAUAAUAUGCCAUUUAGCAGACGCUUUUAUCCAAAGCGACUUACAGUCAUGCGUGCAUACAUUUUUUUUUGUGUAUGGGUGGUCCCGGGGAUCGAACCCACUACCUUGGCGUUACAAGCGCCGUGCUCUACCAGCUGAGCUACAGAGGACCACAUAUAUAGUAUACAGAAUAUAACUGUUUAUUAUACGAAAACUGUAUGUACACAUUUAUUAUACACUGAACAAAAAUAUACUGAACAAAAAUAUGAACGCAACAUGUAAAAUGUUGGUCCCAUGUUUAAUGAGCUGAAAUCAAAGAUCCCAGAAAUGUUCCAUAUGCACAAAAAGCGUAUUUCUCUCAAAUGUUGUGCACAAAUGUGUUUACAUCCCUGUUAGUGAGUAUUUUAUCCUUUGUCAAGAUAAUCCAUCCACCUGACAGGUGUGGCAUAUUUUGUCACACAACACUAUGCCACAGAUGUCUGUCGUUUUAAAGAAUUUGGCAGUACGUCCAACCGGCCUCACAACCGCAGACCACGUGUAACCACACCAGCCCCGGACCUCCACAUCCGACUUCUUCACCUGCUGAAUGUUGCGUUUAUAUUUUUGUUCAGUAUAUUUUAGUUAGCUUGAUAAGCUAGCUUAAAUUGCUAAUAAUAAAGUUAGCUAUCUUGCUUAACAUUGAAAAUAAGGUUAAACAAGCUACAUUAUCCAUAUGGUUGAAAAGGUGAAAGGUCAGUGGUGAAAGGUCCAUUUUCUCAGAGUGUCCCAUUUGUAAUUAUGACUUGGAGGGUCGUUCAAGUAAAAUUUUCCAGUUGGAAAUCCAAACUUCCGAUAACUCCGACAGCAUGUAAACACCCCACUAGACUCUUAGUCUCCAAAUUUGAUACAUACAGUUGAGGUCGGAAGUUUACAUACACCUUAGCCAAAUACAUUUAAACUCAGUUUUUCACAAUUCCUGACAUUUAAUCCUAGUAAUAAUUCCCUUUCUUAGGACAGUUAGGAUCACCACUUUAUUUUAAGAAUGUGAAAUGUCAGAAUAAUAGUAGAGAUAAUUAUUUAUUUCAGCUUUUAUUUAUUUCAUCACAUUCCCAGUGGGUCAGAAGUUAACAUACACUCAAUUAGUAUUUGGUAGCAUUGCCUUUAAAUUGUUUAACUUGUGUCAAACGUUUCGGGUAGCCUUCCACAAGCUUCCCACAAUAAGUUGGGUGAAAUUUGGCCCAUUCCUCAUGACAUAGCUGGUGUAACUGAGUCAGGUUUGUAAGCCUCCUUGCUCGCACACGCUUUUUCAGUUCUGCCCACAAAUGUUCUAUAGGUUUGAGGUCAGGGCUUUGUCAUGGCCACUCCAAUACCUUGACUUUGUUGUCCUUAAGCCAAUUUGCCACAACUUUGGAAGUAUGCUUGUGGUCAUUGUCCAUUUGGAAGACCCAUUUGCGACCAAGCUUUAACUUCCUGACUGAUGUCUUGAGAUGUUGCUUCAAUAUAACCACAUAAUUUUCCUUCCUCAUGAUGCCAUCUAUUUUGUGAAGUGCACCAGUCCCUCCUGCAGCAAAGCACCCCCACAGCAUGAUGCUGCCACCCCCAUGCUUCACUGUUGGGAUGGUGUUCUUCGGCUUGCAAGCUCCCCCGUUUUUCCUCCAAACAUAAUGAUGGUCAUUAUGGCCAAACAGUUCUAUUUUUGUUUCAUCAGACCAGAGGACAUUUCUCAAAAAAGUCAGAUCUUUGUCUCCAUGUGCAGUUGCAAACCGUAGUCUGGCUUUUUUAUGGCUGUUUUGGAGCAGUGGCUUCUUCCUUGCUGAGCAGCCUUUCAGGUUAUGUCGAUAUAGAACUUGUUUUACUGUGGAUAUAGAUACUUUUGUACCUGUUUCCUCCAGCAUCUUCACAAAGUCCUUUGCUGUUGUUCUGGGAUUGAUUUGCACUUUUCGCACUAAAGUACGUUCAUCUCAAUGAGACAGAAAGCGUCUCCUUCCUGAGCGGUAUGACGGCUGCGUGUUCCCAUGGUGUUUAUACUUGCGUACUAUCGUUUGUACAGAUGAACGUGGUAUCUUCAGGCGUUUGGAAAUUUCUCCCAAGGAUGAACCAGACUUGUGGAGGUCUAAAACUUUAUUUAUUUUCAUUUUCCCAUGAUGUCAAGCAAAGAGGCACUGAGUUUGAAGGUAGGCCUUGAAAUACAUCCACAGGUACACCUCCAAUUGACUCAAAUGAUGUCAAUUAGCCUAUCAGAAGCUUCUAAAGCCAUGACAUCAUUUUCUGGAAUUUUCCAAGCUGUUUAAAGAAACAGUCAACUUAGUGUAUGUAAACCUUUGACCCACUGGAUUUGUGAUACAGUGAAUUAUAAGUGAAAUAAUCCGUCUGUAAACAAUUGUUGGAAAAAUGACUUGUGUCAUGCACAAAGUAGAUGUCCUAACCGACUUGCCAAAACUAUUUGUUAACAAGACAUUUGUGGAGUGGUUGAAAAACAAGUUUUAAUGACUCCAACCUAAGUGUAUGUAAACUUCUGACUUCAACUGUAGGUUCCUCUCCUUACAAGGAACACAUUUGUUUCAAGGAUCCAUAUUGUCCACCAUGAUCCAAGAGCCGUGAGUCCAAUUCCAACUGAUGGUGGUAGUAUGGCACCGGCUUGGACUCUGUCAAUAAUAAUAUUAUAAAUACAAAUAUAUUAUAAUUAUACAUUUAUUUCCCUACCACUUUGUCUACUAUAGGUAGUGGGGUUGUUUUCGCUGUAUUUCAAACAACAAGCUACAACCCGACCCUCAGCGACGGGAGCUCCAACCAGACCAUUGCCAACGAGAGCUACAACCAUACCUUCUGCAGUGGGAGCAACAACCAGUCCAUCACCAACCCAGAGUACUGCAACAAAACUCUAUACCUGUUUGCAUUCUCUACCUGUCUGAUAUGGAUCCUUGUGGUUGUUCUGUUAACGGUUGGCCUCAAGUUCUAUGGAUACAGCAGAAUUGGGAUGAUCUUUAAGUGCUUGGGGCUGUGGUUGUUA